AUGACAUGGGGAAGUUGGGCCAAGAAUACAAAGAAUUUUGGAGAAAAAGAAAGAAAAUUCACAAUGUAUAAGAAAGAUGCUUAUUUGAGAACCUAUGAGCCCAUGAUUAUGCCAAUGACUAGUGAGAAUCAAUGGAUGAAGACUAAUUUACCUCCAUUGAUGCCUCCCAAAUACCACAAACAACCUGGCAGACCAAAGAAGUCAAGGAACAAAGCAGCCGAUGAACCUAAAAAAUCCACUUAUUCUUACAAGAUUCCAAGAUAUGGAAUCCCAUUAAAAUGUGGGAAUUGUGGUGAAGAAGGACAUAAUCAGCUUGGUUGUAAGGUGAGAAGGAGAGAUGCUACAAAAAACACGAUGGCACUUAGGCCAAGAACCCAAAGUAGUAGUUCCCAACAAGAAGUUAAUGGAGAGGCAUCACAUCCCAAGAAAUUAAGGCCAAGAAAAGAAGCAUGUAGAUCCCAACCUCCAAUUGAAGUACAUGCAAGUUAA